UUCGUUCACACUUAGCUUUUCGCUACUAGCGUGUAGGAGUGAUUUAAUCGUCCACCAAAUAACAUUUUAAUAUUCAGAAAAGCUCUACAUCUUUGUGCAUACAGUAGUCGUCGUUUGGCAUCUCAUAAUCGCGUAGUCAUUGCUAUUAUAUUCGCGAAAAAACGUCUAGCUUGCAUCCUGAAAGCUAGUUUAGCAUUCAACUAUUUGUUUCAUUUAGCCAUUAAAACAGUAUAAAUAGCUCUUAUAGCCUUCUUAACCUGUUGAAUAUGAGUGAUCCAUGGCAGGAAUGUUUGGACUACUGUGUGGAAGUGACAAAACGAGCGGGACAGAUGAUCCGUGACGCGUUACAAAAGGACAUCACCAUCAUGGAGAAGAGCUCACCGGUCGACCUGGUGACGGAGACGGACCAGAACGUGGAGAAGCUCAUUAUCUCAUCCAUCCGUGAAAAGUACCCCUCGCACAGCUUCAUAGGUGAGGAGUCCGUAGCCGCGGGAGCCCCGAGCAUUCUCACAGACAACCCCACCUGGAUCAUCGACCCCGUGGACGGCACCACCAACUUCGUGCACAGGUUUCCCUUCGUGGCUGUAUCCAUUGGUUUCACCGUUAAAAAAGUGAUUGAGUUUGGAAUUGUGUACAGCUGCGUGGAAGAUAAAAUGUACACAGCCAGGAGAGGCAAAGGAGCCUUCUGCAAUGGGGAUCCUAUCAAAGUGUCUGGACAACAAGAUAUCAAGCAAUCUCUGGUGCUGACUGAAAUCAACUUUAAAAAGGACACAGAACAGUUCAACACAAUGAUGGAUAAUGUCAAGACUAUCCUCAGUAUCCCCGUACAUGGCAUCCGAUCUCCAGGCAGCGCUGCGAUCAACAUGUGCCUGGUGGCCUGUGGAGCUGCAGAUGCGUACUACCACAUGGGCAUCCACUGCUGGGACAUGGCAGGGGGCGCCGCUGUGCUCACUGAAGCCGGGGGAGUUAUCAUGGACAUAUCAGGCGGACCAUUCGACCUGAUGUCGCGCAGGUUGAUUGUGGCCAGCAGCAGAGCCAUCGCAGAUCGCAUCGUCAAGGAGAUAAAGGAGAUUCCGGUCGGGAGAGAUGACCAGUGAAAACCUCAAGGCCUGUCAAUCACGUACUGUAUUCAAACUCACCCGAAAGUUCUACCAAUUACUGUUCAGAAAUGCCUUUGCCGUUGUAGUUAAAGUCUGAAUUAUAUUUCUAAUUAGUACUUGGUUUGGUGGGGUAAUACUUGUGGCCAGUAUUUAUCAUAGAUUGACAGCAGUUAAGUGGAAAUUUGUGAGGAAAAAACUUGAAAAAAAAAAAAGAUAAAUACUGCACUUCUACCCACGUCAUUGUCAGAUUUAGCACCAAAAAUUCUAUCCAAAAAUACAGGGACUGUUUACACACAGGGACUACAUUUUUCUGACAGUUUAAAUCCUCAUUACAUUUUUUUUUGUAUAAUCAAAAUUAUAGGGUGAAUUUGAUUUCUUUUAGCUCUUGUUUACAAUUUGGUUGCUAGGUAACAGUUAUGGAAUACCUCUACGUAUGUCAUACCUGCUGCCCGUGUAUAUCCAUGAAGUAAAAUGAUAAAUUUCACACAAAAAAUGUAAUUAUAUUUAAGAUUUUACCAGUAGUCUUAUGUUUUACCAAUAUCAUUGUGUAACUUUUCUGGUGGAGGCUCCGUCAAAUGCUUGUCUUCAUGUAGAUGUUAUUGCUUUGUCUGGAAUGUUUCACAGUAUGGCAUUAAACCUUUCUAUGUUCAUGGAGACCAAACGAGACCAAGUUACAAGUCAGAUCUGUGGAGAGGCAAUUCCGCUCACAGUCAGAAUGCCAGUUUUUCUAGGUAUUUUUGAGCAUCUGUAAUUAAAUAAAUGUAAGGUAGAGUUGUUUAAUGUCAUACUGUGGAACAUUCCAGGCAGAGAAAUAACGUAUCCAUAGAAACAAGAAGGUGACAGACCUCCAACCAGAAAGUUACAUAUUGCACUUUUAACUUUGUUUUAGUGAAAUAAGUAGUCUAAUCUGUCAUGUGCACUUUAAAUCACUCCAAAUGAAGUACUGAAGUAUUGAAGUAUUAGUUUUUGCACUUUUCCAUUCACGUUCAAGAUUUUAUCAUCAAAAUCGUGCGGCACAGAGAAGAGAUUUGUGUCAUACUUUGUCAAACAGUCUUUUUUUUUUAAAUAAUUUCUGUAUUUAGUCUCUUGCAAAAUAUAAUGUUACGUUUGUGGAACACCUAAUGCUACACUAUGUAACGUUUCUGGUGGAGAGUUUGCUGCUUGUCUCUAUGAAGAUGUUUUACUGGAAAUGUUCCACGGUAUGGUAUUAAACCUGUCUUUCUUCGUGGCAUCUAUGGAGAGGUUACCCUGCUCACUAUAAAUUUUUAUGUUCUUACAGGCAUUUAAAGGUUAUAAAAAUAUGUAAUUGGCUAAAGAUACUGUAUAUAAGAUGAACAUUUAAUGGCCUUCUGUAGAACAUCUCCGUGAGACAACCAGGUGAUGGACCCCCCACCAGAAAAGCUAGACAGUGUGCCUUUAAGCUAGUACCGUAUUUUUCGGACUGUAAGUCGCUCCAGAGUAUAAGCCCUACCAGCCAAAAAAUGCGUAAUGAAGGAAAAAAAAACAUAUAUAAGCCGCAUCAGCCUAUAAGACACGGGGAAAUUUUUAAAAAUAAAAUCACAGACCAGGAACCAAUAUUUCAUCUUGAAAUGCAAGUUAUAGUAAAAACAAUAGAACAGGGAACAACAGACUGAAUAUGUGUUUGGUAUGUUAACAUAACGCAUGAACAGUUAUUCAGAUAACUAUAACAUAUACAACAGAACAGAACAAGUUUACCAAACUCUCCCCUGUCAUUUCUGAGCAACUUCGCGACCUCCGGAGGUAGAUACAUGAGGUAUUGCCAGUGCGCCACUUCCUCUUCUGCGUAGUUGUCGUCAGACUCAGCUUCAGUUCCAGUUAGAAUUAUUCCGUCCUUUCUGAAUCCCAACAGGAUGGUUGCGGUUGUCACUGAAGUCCAGGCUUUGUCGAUCCAUCUAGUGACUUCCAGGAAAGUUGCAUGGCGCACCCUCCCGGUUACCGUGAAAUUGUGUUCUCCAUCCCCGCUUUUCGCCAGCCCCUCAGUUUCUCGCUCGCUCCAAACUUUCUUUCUUCUGCUCGAUUACCGUUUUCGGCUGAAUAAUGCGCUACUUGCAGCAAGACAGUGGCUUCUACUGCAGAAGACAUGCGCGGUAGGGCGCAAAGUGACAGUGGUACAGGAGUAGCAGAUACUGACACACAAGCCUAGAGCACCUUCUUGCUGCUGUCAGUGUGAAAAUUUUAAUAUAUAAAUCGCACUGGAGCAUGAAAAAAAGUGCGACUUGUAGUCCGAAAAAUACGAUAGAUGUGUUUCUAGUCAAGUACAGUACAAAUAAAGCUGUAUUUCAAGUUUGCCGAAUAUAAAAUGAAGGAUAGUCUAGAUAUUGUCAUGGUAUAUUUAACUAUAUCCUUAAAAAAUUCUCUUCUAUAUUUAUGUUGUGUUUGUGAGAGAAGGUUUUGUGUUUUCUUUUGCCGUUUAUUGAAAAUUACAAUAUUGGGACACUGAAAGCAGGAGGAAUUUUAAAGAAUUAGAAUUUUGAGCUACUGACACAUUUGGGUUUGAUUAUUAUUAUUCAGACUAUAGAGAUGAUUAAAGACUGACAUAAGGCCUCAGAAUGUUCAUCCACUUAUAAUAUGUGUUUUGUGUAUUUAUGUACCUCAUUUAAAGUGCACUGGAAUCUGUAUUUUUUGUUGUAAAUUAUGAACCAAAAUUGCAUUAUCUCAUAACGCAAUAAAGGUGCAGAAAAGGAAAACUCUACUACUCUCUGCUAUUGGCAAUUUUUUAUUAGAUUCGAUAAUGUCAUAGUAAGAAAUGUCAACACAGGAACACUGAGAACACAAAUAAUGCUGCGGAGAAAUUGUUACAAUAAACUCAUGCUUCACGAUUUGCACCAGUGAAAUUAUAAAAUAGAAAAAAGUGAAAGGAAUAAAUAAAUAAAUAAAUAAUUAACAAAGGAACAAAGGAGUAAUGAAAGUAGAGUAGAGGCAGGAGAAAAGGGGAAAAAAAGAGAGUAUUAUCAUUAAUUACAAGAAUAGUUAUUUUUUCCUUUUUCAUAUUUUUUCCUUUUUGUUUGGUUUUACCCUCGUACAUCUCUUUUGGUUUAUUACUUACCUACUCACACACACACUUGCCCUCUGAUAUAAGAAGAACAGAAUGUCUAAUGUCUUUUACUGUUUGUACUGUCUCCAAUAUCAUAAUAAAAAAACAAAAAAACAAUUGUAUUAGAAGAUAGUAUUAAAGCAGCACAGGCAUUAUACGAUUUUUCCAUAUUUGCAACAGAACAGUUCAGUAUAACAAUGACAACUGGCUUUAAUAACUUCGACUAAACACUCUGAAAACAGAUCUGAGAUUCUCCAUGAAAUGUUCCCAUUGUGAUUUUAGUGGUGAGAUAAAUGCACAUAAAAUUUCCCUGUCUUAACAUUCAGCAACACAGAAGACAACAUGAGGCUUCGAGCUCUGCGUUUUCUGACACAAAUAUUACUAGAAAUUGCGAAGUCCAGUAAAUAUUUUUUCAGCCGGUACUAUUAUGUUUGCAACAAUAUUUAUAACCUAUAGCUCUGUCGCUGAAUUGUAGUAAAGUUGACAAAGAAAUUAUAAUUAAAAGGCCUUGAUUUUGAAUAAGAGAAGAACAUUUUUCGUUUGAACCAUGACAAACAAUAGUUAUACGCAGUAGUUUUCAUAAGGUUCUCAACAAAGCAGCUGUUUGUACUUGAUUCUCAUCCAGCGCGAACAGCCAGCGCAUACUGUUAGUUAUUUAUUUUUGUAAUGAAUCUUUAUUGGUGUUCUUUUGAGUAAGGGAUUGAAAAGAAAGUAGUUUUAUUUUGAAGUCGCAAAGCAAGUUUAUGUGGCUGAUCCGCAGGCUGUAAAACGCAUUCCCCUAGGCGCAAAGUUGUAAAAUGGCCAGAUUUUUUAGUAGUGAAUUGAGAUUUUAAAAAGGAUCAUCAAGUUUGAUUUUGAAGCAACUAAUAAUCUUACAUCAUUGGCUCUCAAACUUUUCUCCAACCCCUCUUUUAAAAAAACAAUGGCAAACUUCUUUUGUAAGCUGAAGCUAAACAAAUUCUUUAGGAAAUUAUAGAGAGAAAUAAUUCUGUUUUAGAAUUUCUUCUGUCAAGUGAUGUAAUACAAAUGUCACACUAACUUUUUUGUAGAGGAGUCUGCCUACUUGUCUCUAUGAAAAUGUUAUUUCUUUGCCUGAAGUGUUUUGCAGUAUUGCAACUUUUCUAUCUCCAUGGAGACAAGCAGGUUGGCACACCAUAACAAUUACAGGACAUGUGUGGCAACAUGAGCCCACUUACAGUAAGAAUGCAUUUUUUUCAAGGUAGUUUUAAGAAAAAGAAAAAUGUCACUUGUAAUUACACAAAAUUGACCUGUAUUAGCUUUAAGCCACAUUAUAAUGCUGUGAAGAGUUGGUUUGUUUGUUUCAUUCACAGAUGUUUGCAUAACCCAGGAUUGUUACUUUGUCUACAUCUCCAAAGCUCAAAAUGAUCUGUUUCACUUAGUGAUGUCAUGAAGUGGUAGUGGGAGUUUCCACAUAAACAGCUAACUUUUAACUUCAGUUCAGUUGAGGUUGGCAAUUCUAGGGCUGAAAUCAUUCUAAUGAAUCUAUGGAGUUUAAAAAAAAAACGAAACACUGGGAGCAUUUCCUGUAUUACCAGGUGACAUCACAAGGUGGAACAGGGUGUUUUCUGUUUGAGAGAAGAUUUCAGCCCAAAUAUGCAGGAUUUGUGUGACAUCUGUGAAUGAAACAAAACACAACUCCAGGUCUGUUUGUGAUGAGGAAACAACAUUAUAACGUAGAUCAGAAAAUAGUUGUAAUAUGGAUCUUGGUGGUGACAUGUUGUAUAUCAGUUAUCGCUCAGACUGACCACGCCUCCUGUCGAGUGUCCCAGGUGUGUGAAAAGAGGAACGCUCCAUCAUCACGGCUGAUGGUGGACUUCAAUGGUCUCCCUGAUCCAGAAUUUUCACCAAGAAUGAUGAAGAUGGCAGCCGAAACAUGUCAACAAGGUAAAUACAUCUCCUACACUACUGUCUAUCUCAAAUAAAAUCAAAGUUUGGGUUUUCAAAAUAAUCGCAUCUCCGUGAUAGGCACGAUUCUGAAACCAAGUCUCAGUGGUCUCUCAUUCAAGUCCCAAGUCAUCAAUCAUCCAUCAAAUGUCCAUAUGAAGAGUCUAAAAAAUCAUUUGCUUGCAUCUGGCAGUGUUAUUGUUGAUGACCGAAAUAUUAAAAUAACCCAUUAUACAUUGUGCCUCUACAGUAAACACUGGUGUGUUUGUUUUGACCCAAACAAACACACCAGUCAGGUUUAUCUCCAGUUGUAACUCCAAACUUUUUUGCAUUAACAUAAUCUCAAAAUAGUGACCUGAGAAAUGAAAGAUUGCCGCUGUCUUCGCUGGGUAACGCGACCUAAACGUCUCAGUUCAAACUUGUGAUCAUCUGUCUGCGUGCUCCAGCGACCUUCACCAAACUUCUGCAUCAUCUCCCCAAACGCGGCGCCGCUCCCACCCGGCCGCGCACACCCAAACAUCCCUCACCAGGAUAAAUUAUUCAUAACGCAGGAGCCGGCAGACAGCAGGACUGAUGUAUUUGUUUUGCUUGUCCUAUCACUCCCCUCAGUUCGUCUCCCGGCGUUUCUACGGAGACGCUUUAUAUCCAGGGCGCCGCGGGGACAACAGGUUGACAACUGCGCUUCUGCCCCGGGUCAAAUAGAACUUUCAGCAAGUCAUGGGUAAUGAUGUUCUGCUGUAGAGGGAGCUCUGGGUGUUCAGAUGGAGCACUUUAAUGGUAUUCUUAAUUAGGUGAAGUUUUACUUGUUUGAUUCCAAAUUAAGUUCUUCAAAACAUUUCAGAAAUGUUUUUGAAAAAGUAAGACACUGCAACUAGCCACAUAACUUGACUGGAGUUGGUAGUGAAGAAUAAGUAUCCGUCAUAAUGACAGUAUGAAUGGCAGGCACAAUUUGAACUAGUUACUCUGUGGUUGGAGGGCAAAUGUUGGACACUGAUGUCCUCAGUUUUAAAGGUGCACUAUGUAACUUUGUACAUGUCCACCACCUGCUUAUCUCCAUAAAAGUAAACUGUCUGCCUGGAGACAGAUGACGCAACUCAGCCAAUUUACAGGUCAUAUUUUUGUCAGUUUUUCAGUGUUUAAUUUUAUCAGUUAAACUAUAAUUUCUGUCAGAGAGGAGUGUGUGUUUACCUGCUUUACAUGUUUCAGAUCCUUCCUGUAGCCUGCAUCAUCUGAUGGUGUUUGAUGUGUCAUAUAGGCUACUGCUGCCUACAUGGUU